UAAGUUGGCGCCGCUGUGUGUGUUGGUGGCGGCUGUGGCGGGGGUCGUCGCGGGGGAGUUGGCGCCCCCUGAGAGGUCCUACAAGAUCCUCAUGCUCCUCCCCGUCUCCUCCAAGAGCCACAGGAACGUCUUCAUGUCUCUCGCUGAGGCUCUGGCCGACCGUGGACACGAGGUGACGAUGUUGACUAAUCACCCCAAGUCGUCAAGACAUCCCAACAUCCACGAGGCGACUCACGGUCUUCCAUACUUGAAAGAAAAUAAUAUGAACACGUUCCAAAAUAAAAACAAAAGAUUCACAAUUCUAAGGGAAAAAGUGGUAGCCAUUGCUAGGGAAAUGUAUCGCACAGCCGCCGUGAAGGACCUCUACCGGAGGAGAAAAGAGUUUGAUCUAAUGUUAGUUGACAAUAUGUUCAACGAGGGGGCCUAUCCAUUCUUGCAUGAAGUCCCUUUCAUCACUGUCUUCACUUCAAUGUUGAACCCCCAUCACAGCGCUGUCCAAGGUAAUGUCCUCCACCCGGCCUACAUCCCGUCCAUCGCAUACGCCCGCUCCUCCUCAACAUCUGCCUGGCGACGAUUCCUCAAAACUGUGUCACAUAUUUAUACGCAACUUUUUUGGCCGAAAUGGGAGGUGAUUUCUGCCAUACAGCAGGAGAUCUCUGCGCAGUUCCCAGACCUGCCGCCGCUGUUAGACCUGGAGAGGAACACGAGUCUGGCGCUGAUCAACACCCACUUUAGUAUUGGUAUACCACUGCCUCUCCUGCCGUCACAGGUGGAGGUGGGCGCCAUGCACUGUCGACCCGCCAGUCCUCUGCCUCAGGAGCUGGAGUCAUGGAUCACAGGGGCGGGGUCCGCUGGCGUCAUCUACUUCAGUUUGGGCUCCUUCACGCAAGGCACCGACAUGCCAGUCCAGUACCGCGACCUCUUCGUCCAGGCCUUCCGCAGGCUGCCGCAGCGCGUCAUCUGGAAAUACGAGGGCGAGCUGGAGGACCUCCCUCAUAAUGUAAUGAUUGGCAAAUGGUUUUCUCAACAAGAUAUUCUCGCCCACCACAACAUGAAGGUGUUCAUCACGCACUGCGGCCUUCUGGGCCUGCAGGAGGCCGUCUACCACGCCACGCCCCUCCUCGCCAUUCCCCUCUUCGCAGAGCAGCCAGUAAACGCCUGGUUUGUGAGGGACUCCGGUAUAGGACGCUUUCUGGAGUUGGUGGACCUGACCGAGGACUUGGUCGUCGAUGCUCUCACCGAUAUUAUUAACAACCCAAAGUAUAAAGAAAACGUGAUGAGGAUGUCAGAAGGGAUGAGGGACCGGCCGACGUCGCCCAGGGAGCUGGCAGUGUUCUGGACGGAGUACGUCAUCCGCCACCGUGGGGCGCCCCAGCUGAGGUCCCCGGCGGCACAGCUCUCCUGGGUGGAGUUCCUCAUGCUCGACGUCCUGCUCCUCCUCCUCCUGGCUCUCUUCCUCCUCCUCUUCAUCCUACGUCGCUUCUUCAGGGGCAUCGCUGCUAAACUGUUUUGUAGUGACGGUAACAAGAAGAAAAGUGACUAG